UACACGACAAUGUUUCGCAUCAAAUCGACGAGCACUCGUGUUUAGCGAUAAGCCAGAGGUUUGGGAACGGCGGUUUGAAUCGGAAUCUCUAGUCAAACUUACAAUAGUUUCUCCUCGAACUAACUUCAAAUCGGCGCCUUACACUGGCUGCGAGGCUUGGUCCAUUAUUAUAAUAGUAGAUGAUAUGCCACAUGAAAUUCACGACAAGAGAACAUUCGGAGUCCUGAAUUUGGCAAUCACAAGAGCGCAGUACGAAGUUUGCAUCUUUGCUGCAGAUAUUGUCUACAAACGAAUUGAGAAUUUUCUAGAACAAAAUGAAUGUUAUUGGGAGAAUAUUCUAAUUGAUGCCGCCAAUCACAUUCCAAUUGACUUGAGCUUUCUGAAGCCUUUCGUGCAAUGGGACAAAAAAACUCAAGAUUUUGUUGCCAAAUUGUUCCAGAUUGCAAUGAUAAACUCAAAUGUGAAGCUAUUUGAGAAACUCCUCAACUUGUAUCCAGGUGAAGACGGAAAGAAAGAUCUGCCCAUCCAGAAGAUAUUUUCCGCAUUUGAUGGUCCAAAGACGGAUGCUUUUGUAAAAGUUAUGUCUGAUCGCGUGGGUAAGCAAUUCAUCAAGAUGAUAUCUUGCGCUAUAAUGGCCGAGUGGAUCCCAUUUUUGGCCAGGUUGAAUACAAUUCCUAAAGCAUCCGAUAUCCUAGAGGCUGGCAUGAUUGCGGGAAAUUACAUGGCUUGUGUGGACUGGACUUUCCAGAGACUGGGGUCACGGAUAUUGAAAAUGUUCAUCAAAAACUGCGGACGUCUCCUCUAUGCAGCAUGCUACUGCGGAGACCCCAAAGCAGUAGAGUGGGCACUCAAUGUGUUUCAUAGACUGGACCUGGAAGACCAGAAAAAGAAGGAGCUAUCGGGUAUAUACCCUCUUCUACACCGAGACGACGUUACACUUCUUUGUAUAAUCAGCUACUCUCACUGCAAACCAGACGUUUUCCGAUAUUUAUUGCAGGCUGGGUUCCCGGAGAAGUUAUUGCUGCACACGUGUAUGGGGAAGAACGCCCUUCAUUUCGCUAUAAAUUACGACGACUCUGAAUUGGUUGAUGUGCUCCUGGAAGACAAAACCAGAAGGAAAAUAUUACUGGAAAGCUUGAUUACCAUCAAUCGACAAAGUUUAACAAUAAAAGAGUAUGCAGAACUUUGUUGUUACACUAAUGCAGAUCAAUUCAUCUGACGACUGAACAUAUUUUGGCGAAGUCGUCUUUUUUCAUUCUUGCCUAUAUGAGUGAUUUCAA